CCCCAUUGUGUCCAUAUUCCAAGAGAGCUUCGCAGACUUUAGUGAUCGCACGAUGCCGCCCAUCUCAAAGAAAGUCCACAUCAACGUCGAUCUAGGCGAAGGCUACGGAAAUUUCAAAGCAGGUCCUGAUGAUGAACUCAUCCCACUCAUCGAUCAUGCCAAUGUCGCUUGUGGCUUCCACGCCGGCGACCCGCUGAUUAUGUCCGAAACGGUAGCAAAAUGCAAAGAACACAACAUCCUCGUCGGCGCUCAUCCCGGCCUUCCAGAUAUUCAAGGCUUCGGCCGCCGCGAAAUCAAAAUGUCCCCCGAAGAACUAACAGCCAUGACCCGCUAUCAAGUCGGCGCUCUCCAAGCCUUCCUCACUGCCGCAGACGUUCCGCUCAACCACGUCAAACCCCACGGCGUCUUAUACGGCAUGAUGUACCGCGACAAAGAAAUCUGUCGUGCAGUAUAUGCUGGCGUACCACCCGGAACCCGCGUCUUCGGACUCGCAGGAACUUUCCAUGAAGAAGUUGCGAAAGAAAUGGGAUUGCCGUUUACAGCGGAGUUAUACGGCGAUGUGAAAUACUCUUCAGAUGGAAAACUCGUCAUCGAUCGCAAGAAAAAACCUUGGACAUCUGAAGAUGUGCACAAACAUGUCUCGAGCCAAGUUGAAAAUAGUUCCGUGACAGCAGUCACAGGUGAAGAAGUCCAAUUACCAGUCGGAGACCACGAUGUCUCGUUAUGCUGUCACAGUGACAGUCCUGGAGCAUUAGAGAUCGUCAAAGCCGCAAGAAAGAUUGUGGAUGACUUCAACAAGAGGAUGAAGUAUACGUAGCGAAGUAUCGAAAGAAAAGGAAAGCUUUU